AGUGUGGAGAGGGAGGGAGGGAAGUGUAAGCCAGUCACAGCAUCUCUCCUUCUCACUGCACCAGGGCUGAGGGACUCUUCGUCCCCUCGCUUCCCUCGCUGCAGAUUUAAGUCAUUUCCAUCAGCGCAGUCAUCUUUUUUUUUUCUUGCUUUUUACUUGCUGCUUGUGACAGAUGCACUGCAUUCAUCUCUCUCUGUGUAGAAGGAUCUAAGGAUUUAUUUAUUAAAUAUGUUGGUUGUCUUGUUUUACGGAAUUGAAAGGGGGACAUUUGCAGAGGACAGUGCUUGAAACUGGGACUCCAACUGGGACUUGAUCUUUCCUUUAUGUUGCUAGAGUGGAUUCAUCUUUUGUUGUGCUGCCAGUGUUUUGUUCAGGGCGACAGACACAGAGAGGAGAAGUAGGAUCCCAUACCUCUACAACUAAACAGAGCGCAUAUUUCAAAGGACUAAGGCAAGUUCUACGGUUACAUUAAGCACUUGAGGAGGAGGUGCUUAGCCUCCUUCGUCAAUGCUUCAGAAUGUCACAACAGAAAUGCAAGUGACAAGUUUAUGGGAUAUAUAAGUGGAAUGCAGAUGGAUCCUCACACCCCUCUCUGCAAGUGUCUGCCACAGGAUUGCUGAGGAGUGAGUGGAGCGCUGACUUAUUCAGCUGGCCUCUCAUUGCUCCAAGAGAGUCCUUUCACCUGCCUGCAUGGGAGUCCAGCAUUCAACACUUUCAUCAGCUACUGGACUUUUAAAUUUGUUUGUCUUUCAAGACUUGCAGUCCAAAACACUGAGAGGCAAGUUUGCACAUUUUGAUUUUAAGUUCAGAUCGCUUUAAUGGCAGAACUCAUCCGGACAUUUUGACGCACUUUGUUUUUACCUCAUUCUGCCUAGGGAUGCCUUGUAAACACAUUUGCCCCCAAGCGCCAUGUGUGCUGAGAGAGCUGUGACAUUAUCUCCUGCGGAGAUCCCCAUGUUGUUCUAGCCAGUGUCUGUGUUUUGAUUCAGACAAUAGCUGGGCAUACAUGGGCUCCAGACACUGACCAGAGGACCACCAAAAUAAGGCAAGCCUGCAGUUACACAGUAAACACACUAGCACCAGUGGACAAGUGACACUUUGGAUUGGAUUUAAGUGUUGAUUCAUAGAGAUGGAUGGAAUUUUCUUCUUCAGGCUUUGGUAUCCACCAGGAGAGACUCUCAAGGAGCUUUUUUUUCUUCCCAUACGCAAUGGUUGCCUAAAACGUUUUGUUUUGUUUUUUUUAACCGGAAACUGCACCCUAAAGCCAUGUGCUGCUUAUUUUUUUGAUCUCCUGUGAGGAUUCUUCAAGAGAGAAGCGUAUUGUGCUUUGCUUCAUGCUUUAACCUCUUCAUAUGGUGUCCUCCCUCACAUCUUCUGUGCUUUCUGCCCUUGUAAAGUCAGUUUAUGCCCUCAGCCUCCCAGUGGCAACCCUCAUUAGAAUCAGGAGAUGAGGCUACAGACUGGCAAGCAAAGCAGCAGGGAAGCUCGCCUCUUGGAUAGAUGCUGGGCACACCACUAGUGCUGCACUGCUUGAGGUCAAAGGAAUACAGCAUUUUUUUUCCAUACUCCUGACUGUUACCCACUCAGUACUUUCACUAACCAUGAGUGAUUGGAAAAGGAGAGCUAAACGGGUCGUCCUAUCCUCCCAGAGGCUGUAUUGAUUUUUCUCCAGUCAGUGUUCAUUUGAUUGAGACCCAGCUAUGUGAGAGUAAGGUGAAAGAGAAAGUGAGUGCGCUACAGAGAGUAUUGAGCUCCAUUAACUAAGGGAGGCUGCAGACACCCGGUGUAGAGUGGGUGGGGGGCAGACAGUUCUCCAAUUACAGGCCAGCUGCCUUAUGGGUGGCACACCAUAAACCUGAACCACCUGGAUAGCACCCAGAACAAUGAACCAGUCUGAGCUGACAGCGGACCCGGUGUUUACUGCCAACAGCAGCUACAGAGACUUCUUUCCCGGCAGGGCCUCCAACCACUCCUGUCCUUUGGGCUGGGGGCUGAACGAAGGCCUAGAGGCAUGCGUCCUGGAGACUGUUGUGAUUGUACUUCUGACCGUGCUUAUUAUUGCGGGAAACCUGACAGUGAUCUUUGUGUUCCACUGUGCCCCUCUGCUACACCACUACACCACCAGCUACUUCAUCCAGACCAUGGCCUAUGCUGACCUUCUGGUGGGUCUUAGCUGCCUGGUGCCCACCUUAUCGCUGCUUCACUACCCAGCAGGUGUCCAGGAGCCGAUCACAUGCCAGGUCUUCAGCUAUGUUAUCUCUGUUUUGAAGAGUGUUUCAAUGGCCUGCUUGGCUUGUAUCAGUGUGGACCGCUACCUGGCCAUUACUAAACCACUAUCUUAUAACCAGCUGGUCACGCCAUGCCGGCUACGAGGCUGCAUCACCCUAAUCUGGGUCUACUCGAGCCUGGUUUUCUUGCCAUCCUUCUUUGGUUGGGGUAAACCAGGCUAUCAUGGAGACAUUUUUGAGUGGUGUGCUCACUCUUGGCCCACCUCUGCCCUCUUUACAGGCUUUGUGGUGUGUUUGCUCUAUGCACCUGCUGCACUUGUCGUUUGCUUCACCUAUUACCAUAUCUUUCGCAUUUGCCAGCAGCACAACAGGGAGAUCAGUGAACGGCGAGCACGAUUCCCCAGCCAGGAGAUGGAGGCUGGUGAGGGAGGUGGCGGGGGGCAUCACGGAGGGCAUGGACCAGAUCGGCGCUAUGCGAUGGUGCUCUUCCGCAUCACCAGUGUUUUCUAUAUGCUUUGGCUGCCCUACAUAAUUUACUUCCUGCUAGAGAGCUCCCAUGUGUUAGAUAGCCCUGCCCUCUCCUUCAUCACCACCUGGCUAGCCAUCAGCAACAGCUUUUGCAACUGUGUCAUCUAUAGCCUGUCUAAUAGUGUGUUCCGCCUGGGCAUGCGUAGGCUCUCACAGACGAUGUGCUCCUUCAGCCACUGUGCAGCAGAUGACAGGGACUUUGGGGAGCCUAAACCAAGGAAGAGGGCAAACUCAUGCUCCAUUUGAAGAGAUGACUGUUCCAGAACAGGGAUACUCCUGGAAUCUACAAAUGGGAAACAUUAAUCGAAACCAACUUAGCGGCUGGUUAACUGUCUGUUAAACUGGCAAGCAAAUUGAAAACAAUUUGUGUCGGAUUGGCCUGUCAGUUGACAUCAGUGGCAUUGUCUUAGUCACAAUAAACAAUGGUUUAUUGCAUUACAGGCUUUUCAAGGAGAUCAGUGCAGUGUCCAAACAGAGAUAUUUAGUCCGAUAUGAUGGUUUUUAUUGUAUGGCACCUGACUUAGCUGGCGAUCAAAAAAGUUGUAGUCUCAACUUAGAGUUCUUAGCUUUUACAUUUCAUUGAAGGUCAUCAGCCAAGUCAGACAUAGUCAGAAAAAAAAACUCACAAAGAUUCACAAAUUUUUCAUCAGACGUCAAAUGUGGCCACAUUAUUUCAUGCCUGUUACAUUUUAGUGGUUGUGAAAUGGAUCAACCUGAUAUUCAAUGUCUGUGCUUUCUAUGACUGUCAUUAGCAGAGAUAAGAUAACCUACACUUACUUGUGCUCACAAACCUGUUUUUAAAGGCUGGAAAUGGAUAUUUGACUUUUUACCUGUACAAACAUACAUGACAGCCAUGCUGCUGAUACAGUAAACAACAGAUGAUGUAUGACCUUGACUGUUCUCUGAGGUAUAAGCAGUCCCUUUCUGUGGAAAUAUUUCCUGUUGAAUCUGCAAACAUGAUGUAGGCAGGUGAACUAUAGAGAUGCAAAAAAUGAUGUAUUGCUGUUUUGGUCGGGUGUUCAUUUACAUUGUUUUCUAUAAAUAGGGAGAUUGUCCAAUCACUCAUCUAAAAAAUGGUUGAAAUUUGGGUACAUUUAUUGAGACCUUCUGCAAAACAUGGUCCGUGAUGUAACAGUACACAGCAAUUUUAAAUCUAAAAUACUUAAAUAUAACACUGUGUAGAUACUUGUGCAAAACAUACAAACAUCUACAUCACAACAUGAGACCCAGGAUGAUAGAACUACUUAUACUUAUAAGAUGAGUGUUGCUUUCAGCAGAUAACUAGCCAGCACAUAUGCCCCCUUGGGCAUAUGAAAUGAUCCAUCAGUGCCAGGAUUCCCACCAUUGGUGGGGCAUUCCUGAUAUGGCUGUGUUAUGAGUGUUCUGCUAACAGUCUGAUGCAUGAGCGCUCAUGACAGCCAUUUCCAACAAGCAAAUAAAUAUUACAUCCCUCCUACACUGUGUAUGGAGGCCAUGUAUGCUGGAUUGUAAACAAACAUAAUUGGCCACUAUCUAAAUAUGAAUUUCAUAUAAUGUUAAAUGAUAAAGGGCAGUCUUGUGGAUAUAAUUAUUUUUAGAUGCACCUUCUGAUCGUUGCUUUUAACGCACUCACAAACUUGAGUGUGUGGGUUAAGAGAAGUUACAGUAGUGGCAGUGUAGAACUGAGGAUGUCACCUGGUUGUGAGUGUUUUUUUUCUUAAAGAUUAAAGAGGAUUUUUCUUUCCCAGCAGUUGUAGACUGGAUCUCAGGUUAAUGUUAUGCGAUCCGUCUGGAGGUUGCUGUGAGGUUAAACUGAUCUGAAAUUACAUGCUUAGUUGUGAUAAAAGUCUAAAAGGCUAUCAGUAUCUUAUCUUGUGGUUGGUUUGUCGAACUACUAGCCUGGCAAUCCUCAUCACUUUUAAUCUGCCCCACCUUCCAUCAGCUGUACCAAGUAUUUUGCUGAUAUACGUGAAAAGAUACUUAUUUCAAGCUACAGGCCUGAAUUUCUUGCAGAUGUAUCAGUGCUUUUAUGAAUUAACACAGUAAAAAGUGUGCAUUUAUCACAGGGUCAAACCUAAUUGGGCGCCACAAUGAAAAUCUGGGGAGAAGAGAACAGUGAAAUUUUGACUGGGGUUUUGAAUUUUCCCUUAUUUGUUUCAUGUAGUUUGUGCAACAGAUAAUGGUAUAGAAAUGGAGUCAUGGAGAAUGCAUUGUUUGUGAACCAUUCUACUAAAAUAUUAUAUAUCUUUUUGAUCUUUUAUUGUACUACUGUCGUACAUUCCAGCUUGGUAUAAUCUGAAGACUGUUUCCCUAUGUUGGGCUUUUGAUAUAAAAAGUACAGAUGAUGUGUUGUCAGGAACCUACAGACUGCCUUUGGUUAUGAUUCCCAUACUUUGCUACAGCACUCUAGUAAACAAUUUCCAGUAAAUUUACUUUGUACAUUCCCUUGAUCAUUAAAUCAGUGUUAAAGCAUAAUUGAUUUAACAUGAAUACAGCCACAUACUUCAACCAAGGACUGAUAUUGUGACUGCAUUCUUUGCACCUUAACGGUACUCUUUGCAAGUCAUUCCUCAUUGUUAAACUGCAUAAAAUUGAUUUUUGACUACAAGGAACAGUAAGACUUGAUACAAUAAGCCUAUAGCACAUUUGAUUUCAGUGGCAUGAUACUAAUCAGUUUACUACUUAACACAUCCAGCAUAAACAGAGCUACACAAGCAUUUCAUUUCAUGGUCUCUCUGGCCACCUGAUGAAUGUAAGUACAAUGUUGUUGUCAAGCCAAGGUUUGG